CGAGACUUGGGAAAGAGACACGCGCGCGUCAUCGCCGCUCCCAACAACCGGCGUCUGAGACGGAAUAAUUCAUUCAUUACUACAAAAAGCAGAAGGAAGAAAGAAGAAAAAAAUCUCACACUUUGCAGCAAAACAGUAAUGUAAAGGAGAAAACUUCCUGCAUUGUUAGAAGAAGAAACUGAAGAUGAGGUUUGUAGAAUUCUGGAAGACGGGCCACAUCUGUCCACUGCUGGCCAUGCUACUUCAGUUACUUCUGCCUGGUGUUAUUGCUAACAGAGUCUGGAAUCAGUACAUACCACGACUGCAGCUCUCAAAUACAGAGCUACGGUCAAAGAACAGCUUAGCCAUGUUCUGGGACAAUGGUGCAGAGGUUCAUGGGUAUUAUGAGGUUAUGCUGUUGGAUGAGGAUCGUGGUUGGCUGCUGGUUGGAGGAAGAGACCAUGUCUACAUGCUCGACUCUGAGAAUCUGAACCAGACUAUAGACAAGAUUCACUGGCCAGCUGGACGAGAACAUACCGAACGCUGCAAACAUGCAGGGAAGAAUCUGUUGACUGACUGUGCCAAUUUUGUGAGGCUCCUCCAACCAUUCAACAAAACUCAUGUGUUUGCAUGUGGAACAGGAGCAUACCACCCUAAGUGUACAUACAUUGAUCUGGGCCACAAUGUUGAGGAACCUGCACUUAGACUACUGAGCAGUUCUGUCGAGUCCGGGAGAGGAAAAUGUCCCUUUAGUCCGCAUGAGCCAUUCACUGCUCGACUCACUGAUGGAGACCUGUAUGCAGGAACUUCGGUGGACUUUAUGGGAAACAAUGCAGCCAUAUUUCGUAGCUCUGUGCACACAACCAGUCAGCACUACAUUCGCACAGAGGCUUUUAAUGACCACUGGCUUAACGAGCCAGAGUUUGUGGGCUCGUACUCCAUCCCAGACACACACAGCGUAGAUGAUGACAAGGUCUAUUUCUUCUUCAAGGAAACGGCUGUAGAGUCCAACCAGCUGGAUAAGCGCAUCUAUAGUCGAGUCGCUAGAGUAUGCAAGAAUGAUAUUGGUGGGAAGCGGAGUCUGAUUAAUCGCUGGAGUACUUUCCUAAAGGCGAGGCUGGUCUGCUCAGUGUCAGGGUCAGGAGGCAUGGACACACACUUUGAUGAGCUGGAGGAUAUAUUUCUUUUGGAGACAAAGGAUCCACAAAAUCCGGUUAUAUACGGUGUCUUCUCAACAUCAAGCUCUGUCUUCCGAGGCUCAGCCGUUUGCGUCUACUCAAUGGCAUCCAUCCGAGCUGCCUUCAAUGGGCCCUUUGCCCACAAAGAAGGCCCUGACUACCGCUGGGUGGAGUACAAAGGCAGGAUCCCAUAUCCACGACCAGGGACGUGCCCAAGUGAGACAUACGACCCGUUACACAAGUCUACCCGUGACUUUCCUGAUGAGGUUAUGAGCUUUAUGAGAGGCCACCAAAUGAUGUGGGAGCCAGUUGUGCCAAUUCACCGACGUCCACUUUUUACUCAGAUCAAUGCCCCCUACAGGUUGAAGAAGUUGGUAGUGGACAAAGUGGACGCAGAAGAUGGCCAAUACAAUGUUCUGCAUUUAGGAACAGAUGAUGGCAAGGUUCUGAAGGUGGUAUCCAUUCCCAAGGAGAACUGGGAAACUGAAGAAAUCAUCCUGGAAGAGCUAAGUGUGUUUCAGAGUCCUAUCCUAAGCAUGGAGAUUUCCACCAAAAGGCAAGCUUUAUUUGUAAGCAGUGCAGAUGCAGUGGCUCGGUUGCCCCUGCAGCGAUGUGAGCUUUAUGGGAAGGCCUGUGCCGACUGCUGCUUGGCUCGGGAUCCUUAUUGUGCUUGGGAUGGUACCACCUGCACCAAUUAUUUUCCCACUAACAAGAGACGUUCCCGUCGACAGGAUGUUAGGUACGGCGACCCAUGGAGCCAGUGUCAGGAUCUGGGAGAUGUCUCGGAGGAAAUUGAGCUGAAGGUAGUUUAUGGGGUAGAGAAAAACUCAACCUUCCUGGAAUGCAUGCCUUCUUCACCUCAAGCGACAGUCAAAUGGAUAAUGCAGCAAAGACACAGCCAGAGCACUAAAGAGCUGCUCUCUGGUGAAGACAUCAUUCUUACAAAACGAGGUCUCCUCCUGCAGCGGAUAACUUCCUUAAACGCUGGCGUCUACUCGUGCACAGCUCACGAGCACUCGUUUUCUCGUACGCUAGCUCGCUACGAGCUGCAAGUCAUCCCCGAGGAGCACGUAACAAACACACGCAUCACUCAACACUCUGACCCCAAAGUGGGUGGCAACUAUGCACCAUCCUCACUGAGUUACAAGGACUUGCAUCUGAUUGGCGUUAGUGGGCUAACAGCGGAUGAGUACUGUGAGCAGCUGUGGUAUCGCGAGAAACGGAAACAGCAGAAACUGCGCACACUAAAAUGGAAGCAGAGGUCCGACAGCAGCAAGGCUCGAGUUCGGAGGCAAAAUCCACCAAACAAGCCUCUCCAGUGAAACCUGAGGAACAGACAUUCGAGAAAAACUAAAAGACAUUUGGGUUUGUCUUGGAGGAAAAGCAUUCCAUACUAGAAUUAGCCACAUUAGCAUUGUUGCUGUUGAUUACUAAAGGAAGCCAGAUUACACCCCCCAGCCAACCCAAAGACAUAUGUGUCUUGAACAACAUUCUUUUAAAUCAGGAAUCCUGAUCUUCUGGCAUCUGACAGUAGCAUUAUACAUGGUUAUAUGGGGAAAUUAUUAAGAACGAGAGGAAAAUGUUUAGGAAAAAAUACCUUUAAAAGAUUAGAUGAAAGAAGACAUUAUGAGUGAGCAUAAACGUGAAGAGGGUCAAGGAAAAAAACAAAGUCAAAUUUAACCCAAAUAUUGGUAAAACCCUUUCAUUAUAAUCUUUUCUAUUAUAUAUGUAUGUUUGUGAAUGCUACAGACUUAUCCUACAACAAAGCCUGACAUUCAAUGUGUAAGAAAAAUCACACAGCUUUUGGGGCUUACACUCCUGACACUGAGACACCAGUCAGGGUUUUCCAGCUAAAAAAAAAAAAAUCUCACAUAUUCACUAUUUGGACAAAAAUAUCAGGACAACUGUUUUUUUCAGCAAUAUGUGGUUCUUCCUCACACUGUUACAACACAUUGUAACUGAUAUCUUAGGAUGCUGUAGCAUUAAAUCUACCAUUCAUUUGAACUAGGUGACUCAAACCUGUUCCAGCAUUACAGUGCCAUGCCAGUGCAUGACAUUAGGAAUAUUCUUAACAUGGGUUGGAGUAGAAGAUCUUGAGUGGCCUAUUAUAAAGCUCACCUUUGGGAUGAAUUGGAAUGCUGACUGCACCCUAGGAUUCCUCAUCCUACUUUAUAACCUGACUUUACUUACACCCUUGUGGCUGAAUUCUAUGGUCAGGUGUCCACAAACUUUUGUCCAUAUAGUGUAUUGUGAUGUAGAUUAUUACCUAAUUAAUUUUGUAAGGAUAAUAUAAAUAGCCAAUAGAUACAGUACAAAGUAAAACCGAGGAGACAUCAAUGGACAAAUUGAUUGUCUAUCAUGCAAUAACAAAUAGAACACAGCUACAGAUUUUUUUUUAUUGUUUUUAUAGAAUAGUUUGAUUUGCAUUAUUUGGUAGUGAAAGCUCCACUCACUGAAAACUCCACUCAGUGUUUUGCCUCUACUAGAGCAGUGGUCCCCAACCUUUUUUUUCACCACGCAAAAGCAUUUUCCAAUAAACCACCGGCAAUCGUGUGCAUAUUAUCACAUAUUAUGCAAUUAUUAUUAUUAUACACAUUAUAUGAUUUCCUUGUUAAUUUAAUUAUUACACAGAAAAUAACUGGGACUAAAACAAUUUGCGAGAAAUUGGCAUUGCCAGAAGUGGUCCUUUUUCAAAAAUCAAAAAGUCUAUAAAAUGCAAAUAAAAUACAAAUUAAAAAGUUUUUUAUUCUUGCUAUCGAGACUAGUACCUGAUGAUCCACGGCCCAGUGGUUGGGCCGGUGGUUGGGGACCCCUGCACUAGAGUAUAUGUUGGACCAUGUUGAUUGUCAUGAGAAUCACUGAGACUUCUUGCAGCACACAAUUAGAGCAGAAUUUCUUUUCAGAACGGUAUUCAGUUGUAAUUAAAUUCAGAAGUGUGUGAUUCACUAAUUACAGGGCUGGUUGCUGCCACACAGCUCCAUGUUUUCCGGUUAUUUACAAAGAUCGGGUUUACUGUCUGUGUCAAGUUUUUGAAAAUAUUCUUUUGUUUCCUGGGUUCUCUGGUUUUCUUCCUUUUCCCCAAAACCUGCAAAAAGGUGGAUUGGUGACUCUAAAUUACACUAAAGUGUGGCAUCCCAUCCAGUCAAUCGACUGCUUCACGCCCAGUGUUCUGAGGGUGGGUUCUGUACCCACCCUAACCCACCCUAAUACCUGACUAUAAUAAUAAUAAUAAAAAAAGUAAAUUAUGAAUUCAGUUCAAAUUAACAAGAAAUCUAUAAAUCUAGAAAAAAAAGUCAUUUUUUAUUUAGUCACUUCCUAGCAAAACUUGUGAAGCUUUUAAAAAAAGACCACAGCUAUGGUUCCUAAGGAACAGUGGCUUUGCUAAUAGGCUUAUUCUGGAACUAAUUACCAAACGUCCAGGCUGCUUAAAACAAACCCGCUUUAUGUAGAUUUAAUGUUGGCUAGAUCGAUAUAUCAGUGUUUAAUGAACUUAUUUCUUUAUGAACUCUGGAGGACGCUCCUCAUACCUCUUAAGCACACCAGGAUGUUUUUAUUUUAAUUUUCCACUCUAUUGCUUGUGGAUACACUGAACAGAAAUAAAAGUCAUAAGAAGCUGUGUAACUGAAAUGCUAAUACAGUUGGGGUAACAGUUAGAUCCUGUUUUAUCUCUAAUAGCCUUCAUUCACUGCAAGCAACAUUAUACUUUUAUUGUUAAAGUAAUGCUUUUCAUGAGAGGCUCCUUGUUCCUCUUUGGCCCACACAUUUGCAUGGAAAGAACAUCAAAGUAUGGAAGCAUCUGGGAAAAAUGAGCAUGAAGUACAAUGGACAAAAUGUUUUUUUUUUUUAAAGCCAAUCUGAGUUUUGUCACUACUCAGGAAAAUGGCUCCCAGGUUGACUGGACCACAGUAAAGGGGAUUUUCUUUCUUCUAAUCUUGACAGGCUAAUAAGAAAGCGGCGUCCAAUCCGGGCCUGAGAUUUGAAAGAUUAGAAAGCAAAACAAUUUGCAUGGCUUCAGCCAAUACGCGACAGACUAUAGAAACUGGUGCAUUUUAUUAAAAAAAGCUUUAUCAAUCAGAUUUGUGCAUUUUAUUUUCCAAUGGAUUUUUAUAUGUGCUAACCAUAACAGGUAUAAUCUAAAGACUUUAUAUUUAAAAAUAAAUGUACUCAAGUUGUUGGUUGUACUUGUUAGUGCUGAGCUAAAGAUGCAUCAUGCUAUGGUUUAUUUUAUUUCUAUGAUGUAUAUGUCAUGAUUAUAAGUUAAUAAUUCACCCACUGUGUGUUAUUGAACAAAUGUUUGUGUUAUAACUAUUCUAAAACAGACUGUAGCUCCGUGUUGUCUAUUUUCAUCUGGUGUUCAUUUUUACAUGGGGUCCAUCAAUAAUUGAAUAUUAAAAAAUCUUGUUUGUUGUA